AAAAAAAAGCAGCCUUGUUCUGUGCCCUAAUACAGAGCAGUGCACUUUAACUCCUGCCUUGCUGAGUGCAGCUGCUGCUGGUCCCUGCAGAGAGCCUGGAGACAAAAGAUGAACAGCUUGAUCGUUAAACACACAAUGUCCGUCGGAAGCCGCGUUUCCAGGUGCGCCCUGAGAAUGGGAUCACGGCUUCUGCCUCUCAGAGAUCCUCACAGAGCUACAUGGGAGCUGGUGAGGGUGUGCCACUCGGGGCCUGCUGCUGUGCAUCCAGACAUGACCCCAACCAUCAAAAAGAGGGGCUAUGACAUCACCAGGAACCCCCAACUCAAUAAGGGCAUGGCUUUUAGUCUUGAAGAAAGGCUGCAGCUCGGUAUUCAUGGCCUUCUACCUCCAUGUUUCCUAAGUCAAGACGUACAAGUGCUCAGAGUCUUGAAAAGUUACGAAACCAAGUCCAGCGAUCUAGACAAAUAUAUCAUCCUUAUGACCUUACAAGACAGGAAUGAGAAGCUGUUCUAUCGCGUGCUGACUUCAGAUAUUGAGCGCUUCAUGCCCAUAGUAUACACCCCCACUGUGGGUCUGGCAUGUCAGCAGUACGGCUUGGCUUUCCGGAGACCACGCGGCCUGUUCAUAACCAUCCAUGACAAAGGACAUAUUGCAAACAUGCUGAAUUCUUGGCCAGAAGAAGAUAUAAAGGCAAUUGUGGUGACGGAUGGGGAGCGCAUUCUAGGACUUGGUGACCUAGGAAGUUAUGGGAUGGGGAUUCCCGUGGGGAAGCUGGCCCUCUACACCGCCUGCGGGGGAGUACACCCACAGCAGUGUCUGCCUGUAUUGCUGGAUGUUGGCACUGACAAUGAGACCCUCCUGAAUGACCCCUUAUAUAUUGGACUGAAACAUAAAAGGGUUCGUGGGAAACAAUACGACGAGUUGAUUGAUGAGUUCAUGCAGGCUGUGACCAACAAAUAUGGAAUGAAUUGCUUGAUACAGUUUGAAGAUUUUGCAAAUUCCAAUGCCUUCCGGCUGCUCAACAAAUACCGCAAUAAAUAUUGCACCUUCAAUGAUGAUAUUCAAGGAACGGCAUCGGUGGCUGUGGCCGGUCUUCUGGCUGCUCUCAGGAUUACAAAGAACAAGCUGUCCGACCAUAAGUUUGUCUUCCAAGGAGCUGGGGAGGCUGCCAUGGGAAUAGCACAUCUCAUCACCAUGGCCAUGGAGAAAGAAGGCAUUCCUAGAGAAGAGGCGAUCAAGAAAAUCUGGAUGGUUGAUUCAAAGGGACUUAUAGUGAAGGGACGAGGAAACCUGAAUCAUGAAAAAGAGAUGUUUGCUCAAGAUCACCCUCCAGUGAAGACUUUAGAAGAUGCUGUGGAGAUAUUAAAACCUACAUCAAUUAUAGGUGUUGCUGCUAUCGGAGGGGCAUUUACAGAAAAGAUACUGAAAAACAUGGCUGCUUUCAAUGAACGACCAAUUAUAUUUGCACUAAGUAAUCCGACCAGCAAAGCAGAGUGUACGGCAGAGCAGUGCUAUCAGCUGACAGAGGGUCGUGGUAUUUUUGCCAGUGGAAGUCCGUUCUCUAAGGUGACUCUUCCAAAUGGUCAGACCUUCUACCCUGGUCAAGGAAAUAACGCUUAUGUCUUUCCUGGCGUGGCUCUGGGGAUCAUCGCAUGUGGCGUCCGACAUAUCUCUGAAGACAUCUUCCUGGCCACAGCAGAGGCUAUUGCUGAAGAUGUGACUGUAGAAAAUCUAGCCGAGGGCAGAUUGUAUCCUCCACUGAGUUCCAUAAGGGAAGUGUCCUUCAAAAUUGCUGUCAAGAUUGUCGACUAUGCCUACAAGAAUAACUUGGCUUCCUGGUAUCCAGAACCCCAGGACAAGGAUGCAUUUGUGAGAUCCUUGGUCUACAGCCCAGAAUAUGACUCCUUCACCAUAGAAAACUACCAAUGGCCAGAGAACGCCAUGCAGAUACAAGACGUCUAGCCUGCACCCUCUGUUGGUCAUUGCAAUGGUGCACUGUUAAACACUCCACUGGGAGGACUCAAAGAAACAAGAGCAUAUCACAUAAUCAGUAAACCAUGAAAGAACCGUCACCUGGAAUACAAUGAAUGUACAAGAAGCUUACCCUUACCAAGUCGUCACCUGAUCAGCAGGUUUAAUGAUAAUCCAUUAUGCCGUAUAACAUGUCUAUAAAGUUCCACCAUACCUUAAGGGGCACCAGCCUUAUUCUGGGGAUUUGAAGCUAGAGUCCAUUAACCGUUAUAUGCAAAUUAUCACCAAAUUGUCACAAACAACCGAGACCAGGGUACUAACCUUGGAGUGAACAGGAUCUCCAGAAUCCUAGCUGAGCCAAGUUAUCCUGAAGGCUAGGUCUACAUUCAUUGGCCGUGCCAAA